AUGGCGGCCUCUGUGCAGCUUGAUGAGCCUGCUCGGACGCCCCGCGUGGAGGAAGAGGAAGAGGCGUCGGACGACGAGGAGGAGCACGAGGAGUGGAGGGAGCUGUACGGCUCGCAGCUGCAGCUGGAGGUGGAGCCGCCGCUGCACGACGCGCGCGACGAGGGCACGGCGGACGCGUGGACGGAGCGUAACCCGUCGCUCAUCCGCCUCACCGGCAAGCACCCCUUCAACUGCGAGCCGCCGCUGGCGCGCCUCAUGCACCACGGCUUCAUCACCCCGGCGCCGCUGCACUACGUGCGCAACCACGGCCCCGUGCCCCGCGCCGACUGGUCCUCGUGGACCGUGGAGGUCUCCGGCCUCGUCAGCCGGCCCGUGCGGCUCACCAUGGACGAGCUGGUCCGCGACUUCCCCGCCGCGGAGCUCCCCGUCACGCUCGUCUGUGCCGGCAACCGCCGCAAGGAGCAGAACAUGGUGCGGCAGACGGCCGGGUUCAACUGGGGCGCCGCGGGCGUGUCCACCUCCGUGUGGCGCGGCGCGCGCCUCCGCGACGUACUGCGCCGGUGCGGCAUCAUGGGCCUCAGGAAGGGCCGCGGCGCGCUCCACGUGUGCUUCGUGGGCGCCGAGGACCUCCCCGGCGGCGGCGGCGGCGGCGGCGCCAAGUACGGCACCAGCGUGACGCGCGAGUGGGCGCUGGACCCUUCCAGAGACAUCAUGCUCGCCUACGCUCAGAACGGGGAGCCGCUGCUGCCGGACCACGGCUUCCCGGUGCGCGUCAUCAUCCCGGGCUGCAUCGGCGGCCGCAUGGUCAAGUGGCUCACGCGCAUCGUCGUCACCGCCGCCGAGUCCGACAACUACUACCACUUCAAGGACAACCGCGUCCUGCCGUCCCACGUCGACGCCGAGCUCGCCGACGCGCAGGCGUGGUGGUACAAGCCGGAGUACAUCAUCAACGAGCUCAACACAAACUCGGUGAUCACCACGCCCGGUCACGACGAGAUCCUGCCCAUCAACGCCUUCACCACGCAGCGCGCCUACACCAUGAAAGGAUACGCCUACGCCGGUGGUGGCAAGAAGAUCAUAAGAGUGGAGGUGACGCUGGACGGGGGCGAGACAUGGAUGUUGUGCACGCUCGACAUCCCGGAGAAGCCCAACAAGUAUGGCAGGUACUGGUGCUGGUGCUUCUGGUCCGUCGAUGUCGAGGUCCUGGAUCUCCUCGGCGCCAAGGAGGUGGCGGUGCGCGCCUGGGACCAGGCACAGAACACCCAACCCGAGAAGCUUAUAUGGAACCUCAUGGGGAUGAUGAACAACUGUUGGUUCAAGGUCAAGGUGAACGUGUGCCGGCCGCACAAGAGGGAGAUCGGUCUGGUGUUCGAGCAUCCGACGCAGCCAGCCAACCAGACGGGCGGGUGGAUGGCGCGGCAGAAGCACAUGGAGACCGCCGCCCCGGGACUCAAGCGUAGCACGUCCACGCCCUUCAUUCACACCACCGACGACAAGCAGUUCACCAUGUCCGAGGUGCGCAAGCACGGGUCCAAGGACUCUGCGUGGAUCGUCGUCCACGGACACGUCUACGACUGCACCGCCUUCCUCAAGGACCACCCCGGUGGCGCCGACAGCAUCCUCAUCAACGCUGGCACGGACUGCACCGAGGAGUUCGACGCCAUCCACUCAGACAAGGCAAAGGCGCUCCUCGACGCGCACCGCAUCGGCCAACUCAUCACCACUGGCGGCGGCUAUACCUCUGACAACUCCGUCCAUGGCGGCUCCUCUCUUGCCCCCAUCCGCGAGGCUACCAAGGCCACCGCCGCACCGAUCGCACUAUCAAGCCCGCGUGAGAAGGUUCGCUGCCGCCUCGUCGACAAGAAGGAGCUCUCCCGUGACGUGUGCCUGUUCCGCUUCGCGCUGCCGUCCUCCGACCAGGUGCUCGGCCUGCCAGUUGGCAAGCACAUAUUUGUGUGCGCCAACAUCGAGGGGAAGUUAUGCAUGCGCCCGUACACGCCGACGAGCAUGGUCGACAAGGUCGGCCAGUUCGAGCUCCUCGUCAAGGUGUACUUCAAGAACGAGCACCCCAAGUUCCCCGACGGCGGGGUCAUGACACAGUACCUGGAAUCGCUUCAGGUAGGCAGCUCCUAUAUCGACGUCAAGGGGCCUCUCGGCCAUGUGGAAUACACCGGCCGCGGCAGCUUCAUGAUCGGCGGCAAGCCGCGGCGAGCGCGACGCCUGGCGAUGAUCUGCGGCGGGAGCGGGAUCACACCCAUGUAUCAAGUUAUCCAGGCAGUGUUGCGCGACCAGCCGGGGGAUGAGACGGAGAUGCACCUCGUGUAUGCGAACCGGACGGAGGACGACAUCCUGCUGCGCGACGAGCUGGACCGUUGGGCGGCGGAGCACCCGGACAUGCUCAAGGUGUGGUACGUGAUCGACCAGGUGAAGCGACCGGAGGAAGGCUGGAAGUUCAGCGUCGGGCACGUGAGGGAGGACAUUCUGCGCGCACACGUGCCGGAGGGGGGCGAUGACACCCUCGCGCUCGCCUGCGGGCCGCCGCCCAUGAUCAAGUUCGCCAUCUCGCCCAACCUCGAGAAGAUGAAGUAUGACAUGGCCAAUUCUUUCAUCUCGUUCUAAAAUUCCGUAGCACCUGGCUAAGCUAGCUUCCGCGACGACGCGUCUGGAUGUGUA